AUGAUUAUAAAAAAUUGUCUAUUAUUUCAACAGCUAUAUAUGUUAGUAAUAUUAAUAGUUGUUGUGCAUGGCGACAAAAGUUCUGACGAAGGUGGUGAUAAACCGGAAAUUGCUCGGGUUGGUAAAACUAAAAAAGCUAAAAUGGCUCAAAAGACUGCUGUGGGCACCUUUUCUAAUGUAAUAACACAGAUACAAAAUUUACCAACAAUGGACUUGGGUAGAAAGUUUAGAACACCGUGUAAAACUGGCAAUCGCUGCGGAAAGGUAAUAAAACGUCUAAUGGUGCCAAAAUUGGCGCAGCUAGAGAAUACAAUAAUGGGCAUCAUGAAGGAACUCUCCAAAAUGCCGCCAGGGUCUCGUCUCCCCGACAAAUAUACCAAGACGGAGCCGGUCAAGUUGUUAUUAGACCAAAAUUACAAAGAAGACGUCUGUAUGGAUAAAUUAGAGUCGUGCUUGAAGGAAGACAAGAGACGUAAGCGGAUUCUAAAGAAAUUGUUCUUCAAAAAGUACAAUGCAUUAAGACAGGAUCUGAUUGGUUACGGCGGGAGACGGCUAUGGGGCGGCGAGGGAAACCUAUUUUAUAGAAAAUGAGAAUCUGAAUAAAGUAAAUUACUGUUAAUUUAAUU